UGGGUGACUAACACUAAGCAAGCAGUGCUCGUUCUUCUCCAACUUAUGGCUCAGUCAAUAUUUAGUAUUUAACUCCAUGUGGCUUACAUCUAAGAUGAGAAUAUUGCUGGAUCCAGGUAGCUGCUUCACAGGAGCCUCUCACCCUGCUACUCUGAGGAUGACAACUGGAUACAAUGUCUCUAUGAAGCUUCAAGAUCUCUUCUGAGGUUGUAUGCUAGACCUGCUUAUUCUUCAUUGCAGCUUCUGCAGUGUUCCCUUUAUGUGAUUUAUUUGGUCAGAACACUGUCUCUAAAAUGAUGGAGCACAUAGCAUAUUUACAUCCUACAAGAAAACAUCAGUGUUGACCAAGACUCUGAAGACAAACUUUCUUGGACUCAAUGGUAUAGAUGAAGUCUCCUCUGGAAGAGCAGCUUGUUUCCAGAGGCAACACAAGGAGAAGGUCUCUGGAUAAGAUAGAAUAUAAAGUGUUUGGUGCUACAGCAGGGCACUGUGGUGGUGGAACCAUGGUCAAUAACAUCUCCAACCACACGUCCCACUCAGCAGUAGAACCUCAUUAUAACUUUCUGGCCCUGGUUUUUGGCUUCAUACUGAUCGUGUGCAUCAUUUGUGGAAAUGUUCUUGUUUGUCUAAGUGUCUGCACAGAGAAAGCUCUAAAAACCACCACCAAUUAUUUCAUAGUAAGCCUGGCUGUGGCUGACCUGCUCCUGGCUGUGCUAGUGCUCCCCCUCUAUGUGUAUACUGAGUUCGUAGGGGGAGUUUGGACCCUCAGCCUUGUUCUCUGUGAUGUUCUUAUGACCAUGGAUGUCAUGCUGUGUACAGCUUCCAUCUUCAACCUUUGUGCAAUCAGUGUAGACAGGUUUAUUGCGGUGUCCAUUCCAUUGAACUAUAACAGGCGGCAAGUGGACAAUCGGCAACUCUUCCUCAUUUCCACCACCUGGAUUUUUGCCUUUGCCGUAGCCUCUCCGGUCAUUUUUGGACUGAACAAUGUGGCAGACAGGGAUCCCAGCAUGUGUAAACUGGAAGACGAUAACUAUGUGGUCUACUCUUCUAUAUGCUCCUUCUUUAUACCUUGCCCGAUAAUGCUGGUUCUUUAUUGUGCAAUGUUUCAUGGACUCCGAAAGUGGGAGGAGACCCGAAAGACCAAGUUACGGAGUCACAUGUCCCCCGGACAAAAAACACCACAGUGCCCGCCACUGUUACUUGAUAGGAGUCCUACUGACAGCAAAUUGGAUGAGCUGUAUCUCUCUGACCAGGGAGACUGCCCCUUUCCGAAAUCCUAUGUAGACAAUGGCCAUGGAAUACAGACUGUAGCCUACCCUCCUCUCAAAUACUCCACUAACAAGGAACCUGAAAGGAAGCAGGCUAAGAUCAAUGGACGAGAGCGAAAGGCCAUGAGGGUUCUGCCAGUUGUAGUAGGAGCAUUUCUUUUCUGCUGGACCCCCUUCUUUGUGGUGCACAUCACACGGGCUCUCUGUGAGUCUUGUUACAUACCGGACCAACUUAUCAGCAUCGUCACGUGGUUGGGAUACGUCAACAGUGCCCUGAACCCAGUUAUCUAUACCAUAUUCAACACAGAGUUCAGGAACUACUUUCGCAAAGUGCUUAGGGUAUGCUGCUGAACUAUAGACGGGGAGUCCAUUACUAUUGCAAGUGUCCUAUGAUUUCACUAAGAAUCCAAGAUGUCAGAACAAUUGUCCUACUUUAUUGUACUUCAAGGAAACUGUCUCUAUACUCUGGAUCUUGUGGCAGGGAAGCAUGCUCCCUAAUAGCUUGCUCUCCUUUUUGCAGAGAAGCUGGAAUCAUCAGGACCCAGAAGAAUCACUUGCCAGGGUGCACCUAAAAUUUGGGGUAUAUACUGACUGAAGGGCCGGUGAACAUACAGUGUAUCUACAUGAAUUACAAACUUGAUUGACUGUCAUGGAUGUAUUCAGGAAAACUGACAGUGAACUCAAAAUGCCAAUAAGUAGUAAGCAAGUACCCUUCCAGUCACUAAUCCCAGUAUUAUAACCAGAGUUAGCCACUACUCCCAGACCCACUCUGCUGUGCAGAACCUGGGAAUGCAUGCUUAUUAACCGCUUGAAACUCACCAAAACUGUCACAUCCUUCUACUGUAUUGUAACAACACCGAUGAGAUUGACGGCAUAUGGAACGAGUUCUUCAGAGCUGUCUAUUGUCUAGGCUUGAACUCUAUGCAGAACAGAAGCAAAAUGAUUCUGUAUAGUUCAAUAAAAUUGAGAAUUUGAUAUAAAAACA